AUGCAAGCAACUGAUACAUCGAAUGAAAGUAAUGUUGGCGAGACAAAGGAUUCAAAUGAAACACCACCCAAAAUUACUGAAGAAUAUGGGACCCUUCGCGAGCAAGCCAUUGUAAAUUUUCAAAAGCCAAAUUUACCCAAUGUUAACGUGCCAGAAAGAAUUAUAAUUUGUCUUGAUGUGUGCUGUGAUAAUCAAAAUUCAAUGUAUCGUCUCGGCGAUGGGACUACAUUCUCACCUAUUAAUAUGUUAAAACGUGUGCUUGACUUCUUUAUACAUUCUAAACAUGCAAUAAACAAAGAGACACAGUUUGCAUUGGUGUUACUAAAAGAAACAGAUGCAUAUUUAGCUCAUACUUUUACCAAUAAUGUCAAAGAUAUUAUAAACACAAUAGAUUAUGUUCAUAUAGAAGAAUGUGAAUCAGAUAACUUUGAUUUUAAACAUGUUUUUGACAUAAUAAAAAGGGAAGUAGAAAUUCCAGAAUACAAACAAACACAAUGCAUGAUUCCACCGCCAUAUGUUGUUAGGAUGAUUGUUUUGUAUUCGCGAUCAAAUUGUGUGCCACUUAUACUUCAAGAAGAUCCUUAUUUAAACUUCUUAAAAAUGCAAAUGUAUUUUUACAUUGACCUUCUCUUUGCACAUGAGGAAGAAUGUAAUCUCUUUAAAUGUGAAGAAAUUUAUGACACUCUACAGGAUUUAGAUAAUGGUUAUUCUUAUGUAUUUGAAGUAUCAAGAAAUGCUGCAAAGAUUCACGAGUGUAUUGCAAAGUUACUAGCGCAUCCUCUGCAAAGGCUGUUACAGAAGAAUACUGACUAUAAUUUCGGAACAAAAUAUCAUGUGUCACAUUCAUAA